UUUGCUCUUUGAGUUAAGUUUCUCUGCUUGUAUUGUAGCUCACAUACUCGCUAUGUCUGAAACUGCUCCCGCCGAGACUCCUGCUCCUGCUCCCGUGGAGAAGUCUCCCGCCAAGAAGAAGACGACAAAAAAGGCUGGCACAACGAAGCGGAAGGCCACCGGUCCCCCGGUGUCCGAGCUCAUAACUAAGGCUGUGUCUGCCUCCAAGGAGCGCAGCGGCGUGUCCCUGGCCGCGCUCAAGAAGGCUUUGGCUGCAGGUGGCUACGAUGUGGAGAAGAACAACAGCCGCAUCAAGCUGGGGCUCAAGAGCCUGGUGAGCAAGGGCACCCUGGUGCAGACCAAGGGCACCGGCGCCUCCGGCUCCUUCAAGCUCAACAAGAAGGCGGCUUCCGGCGAGGCCAAGCCCAAAGCCAAGAAAGCAGGCGCGGCUAAAGCUAAGAAGCCUUCAGGUUCCACCCCGAAAAAGCCUAAGAAGGCUGCGGGGGCCAAGAAGACGGUGAAGAAAACUCCAAAGAAAGCAAAGAAGCCUGCGGCGGCUGGAGUGAAAAAAGCCAAGAGCCCUAAGAAGACCAAGGCAGCCAAGCCUAAAAAGGCAGCUAAGAGCCCGGCAAAGCCUAAGGCUGUGAAGCCAAAGGCAGCCAAGCCUAAAGUUGCCAAGCCUAAGUCAGCUAAGCCUAAAGCUGCUAAGGCGAAGAAAGCUGUUUCCAAAAAGAAGUAGGUUUGCUUCUGACAGCAACCAAGCCCCAAAGGCUCUUUUCAGAGCCACCCAGAGAGCUCUGUGAAUGUAGCUGUACACUGAAUUAGUUUCCGCCUAUGUUUCAGUUGAGCCAACUCCCUCAAACAUUUGGCUGCCUCAAUGGAAUUCAGUUCUUUCCUCUGGAGGACCCACCUCAAACCUUACAUGCUCAAGUUUAUGAAAUCUGCAUCUCCAUUUAGGGGCCCAAAGGGUUCCUUCCUUUGCUACUGCUUAUUUCUGUAUCAGCCAUUAUCACUUUCGGAUCUGCUGCAGCAUCCACUUUAGUCUUCAGGCUGUUACAUGCAAACGGAUGUGACUUUGUGAAUCUGAAAGACCCUUCAGUCUUUCUCUCAGGACCCUUGCCCCAAAGACCACCAGGGAGACAAAGUUCACUGCAAAACGCAAAAGGAUUUUUAUUAAGCCGCCGUGCCAGGGUUCAGCAGCCUUGGGAAGGAGUGGACCCCGAGUAGAAAUUACUGCAAGUUUUUAAAGCCUAAAACUGCAAACCGGGUGGUGGGGGUACAAGGGGAGUUUGGAAAUUGGUGCCAGACCUUCAUGAAUCUCGUAUGCUUGUGGCUGUCUGGUUGACUGACUUGUUAUCUGUCUCUUGCAACAUCUGUGCCUUGGCUGAACUUUGUGAUUGGCCUGGAACCUUGAGGUCUGGGAAAUGUUCCCAAGUCCUUGAAGACUGAGGUCUGGGAAAUAUUUUCAAGUCCUUGAGGACCACCAGGGGAAGAUGUUUAAGUGUAGCUGCUCACAUCCAAGGACAGGACAGCUUAGCAAUUUUCCAACUAUUGGGAGGCUAAUUGUUGGGGCUCUUCAAAUUCACUGCUGACUUGUGAACCUGACUCUAAGGACAUGCUCAGUAAAUAAUGGGAGAUGGAGUGACCUUAACAAAUAAUAAUAAUGACUAUGAUGAUGAUGAUGAUAAUAAUAAUAAUAAUAAUAAAUGACUUCUUGUAGUGGUUUGAAUGAAUGAGUGCUAUCACCCAUUGUCAUGGGUAUUAGAACACUUGGUUCCCAGUUGCUGAUGCUGUUUGGAGAGGUUUAGAAGGUCUUACUGGAGAAAGUUGUCCCUGGAGGGCUGUUGGGCCUAAGAAAGGCUCGGAUGUGAGGCCCAGUGUUACCUCCUGAGCCUGGCUAGAGUUUGGCGACCUGUCUCUAAUCUGUAACCUCCAAGUGGGGGUGACUCAGCCAGACCUGAUGCAAGAUUGCCCCCUGCCUAGCUACCUGCCUGCUUGGUGGAAUAUUAUUGGCCCUUAAUCCUCAUGUCACCUGUCACCUUACCCUAUCCUAUGUUUCCCAGCCCCUACUUCAGUCCUAUGUAAGUUCCUGCCUGUUGGAAUAAACUGAGAUAGGCUUUGACAGA